AUGAGUAUCUCUGCGCGCUUGCUGCGCCUGGCGCGGCCCAAGCGAUUUCUCUAUUCGUUAAACCUUUCAACCGGCGCCAGCUUGAUAACUCUUUCCCUCCUUCUUAACAAGCUGGCCGGUCUAUACGGAAUCCUCGCUCUGCUCACCGGAUAUGAACUGUCUACGUUUCAGCUGAGCAUGUACUGCUACUCCCUUGUCGCAUUGGUCCUUACAGUCUACCUCGCGCCACACAUCCGAAAACAGUCACCCCUCCAAUGCCUUGCACUCGCUUGGUUCUAUGUUCUCGACAGCAUAAUAAACGCGGCCUACACCGCCGCGUUCGCCGUGACAUGGUUUCUGGUUCUAGCACAGCACGAUGCUGGCCAGACAGAAAAGAAAGGACCGGGAGCAUCCACCAUGGACGAGGCCAGUGGCUUUACAGACCCAAAAUACAAUGUUAGCAGGGUGGAGGUUGUGGCUACACCCCAAACUGGGCUCACUGGUGGCCAAGAUGCAGUUGCGGCAGGGGUCCCUGCCUCGAGCCCUGCAGGCAGCGGAAGCAAUGGAGCACUGCAGCAGGCCGUCCUAGGGGCGGAGAACCUGAAUAGCAUCGGCAUCAUUAUCACACUGUGGACCAUCCGCGCGUACUUUUGUUUGAUCAUGCUCGCAUUCGCCCGCAUGGUCAUCCGACAACACAUCGCCGCACAUGGCCUCAAGUCAAACUCCUACACAUCUGCGUCACCCAGCUCUGACCUUGCGGAGAAUCCGUUCUCCGAAUCCAAACCUGAUGGACGUGGUUGGGGUGGCAGACUGGGUAGGAUCAUGAUCAGUAUUGGACGCAGCUAUUGGUUAGGAAGCGAUGAGGACGACAGCUGGAUGUAUAACAUGAAAUUCCGCAAGAGCACCGAAUUGGGAACCAUGCUCAACAAGAUCGAAUCUGGACCAACGGAGAGAGAACGGCGAAGACGGUCAGGGACAGGUCCGCCCCUCCCAGCGACGGGAGCUGUGCCGGCGAAGAAAGGCGAUGGAUUGACGUUGCAAGUUCCGAGUCAAAAUAUUUAA